AUGAGCCGAAGUUACCCUGGUGUUGCCGCUGUUACCGGCGCAGCUUCUGGAAUCGGCCGUGCGACAUGCCUUGCUUUUGCAAAUGGAGGCUGCUCGAAACUCGCCCUCCUAGACUGCAAUGUAGCAGGCCUUGAAGACACCAAAGCUCUAGUCUCGCAGAUCAUUUCAUCCUCACAGCGAAGCCCCGAUCUAAUUGUCAUUGAAGUUGAUGUGACAUCUCCUGAGGCGGUCACUCAUGCCUAUUCAUCCAUCAGAACGCAUUUCAGCCGCAUCGAUUACAGUGUGCAAUGUGCAGGUAUUGGCUCACCGAUCAUCGAAAGCAUAUCCUGCUCGGUAGAGAUCUUCGACCGCCAGACCGCCGUCAACUAUCGCGGUCUAUGGCUUUGCACUCGUGAAGUGAUCAAGAUCAUGCAAGGCCAGACCUUGAAUACAGAAGCCUACCCAGAAGCCAACAUCCCAGCUACACGUGCUCAACGUGGAAGCAUUGUCAACAUCUCAUCAACGCUGGCGCUCUAUGCACAAGCUUUCUGUGCACCAUACAGUGGUUCUAAGGGAGGCGUCUUGGCGGUAACUCGCGCGGAUGCAAUGGAUUGUGUCAGUCAUAAGAUCAGAGUGAACGCCGUGCUGCCUGGGUUGAUAGAUACUCCCAUGACAAUGCCGAACUCAGAGGAGCGAGAAUGGUUCGAGAAGAAUGUGGCAUCUCGGGUGCCUAUGCGACGUCUGGGGCAACCCGAAGAGAUCGCCGACCUCUGCGUCUUCCUCAGUGGCACUGGUGCGAGUUAUGUCACUGGACAGGCCUGGGCUGCUGAUGGAGGAGCAUUGGGUGGUUACUACUGA